AUGAUAAAAAAUUCUACGUUUAAUGUUAGUUCCCUCUUUCAAUGUGAAUUUAUUGAUGAUUAUAAAGAUGAAUAUGAACACGAUCCAAUAUGGAGUCAAACGUACGCGGGUUGUUUGGUUCUGCUCAUGCUACAGGAUAUGUAUAAAUUCAAAUUUGGGUUUCUUCUUCGAUACAAGCGAGAGAGAAUCCUUCACACUUUCUACAGCCUCCCGUUCACACCACUAGUAUGGAGUUGUAUCAUCGUCAUUUUAUUUCUUAGCAGCUUGAUCUUUUAUAUUCUAAGCUAUUGGGAAAAGCGUAUUGUCGGCGGCGAAUGCAGCUAUUGCCAUGAGUUGUUGCUUGCGUUUUCUGCGUUUUGCCAACACAUAUUACCACUGCACGCGAACUUAUAUUCACGUCGCAUAGCUUACCUAUUCUUCAUCCUAUGCUCUUACGUCAUACAUUGUUUCUAUACAUCCAACCUUCUCUCCCACAUAGUGAAUGAUAAUGACAGAGAUAUGGAUCUAAUGGCCUUAGCUAGAAGUGAUUAUGAGUUCGCAAUUAUACAGGACACAAAUUUUAUAGUGAAUAGACCAAUUCAACAAGUACCGAUGGAUAAAAAUCUGAGCCUCGUGAGGAAAAAAAUGCGUAACAUCAAAAUAAUGAAUGUUUCAUCCGGCUUAGAGGCACUGAAGGAUACGAAAACUGCUAUUCUGUCUGAUUAUAACUCAUUAUAUCCAAUAAUCAAGAGAUCGUUUGACAAAGAUGUUAUAUGCGAUCUUAUCGAGGUGGAUUUGUAUUCAAUGGCCAAGAAAUACUUUUAUACCUCAAAACAGUUUGCAUUUAAGGAAGAAUUCAAGUCAGGGAUACUACGAGCAAAGGAAACUGGUCUAGUCCGACGGAUGAUAUUACUGAAAAUUCAACAAGCUUUCUCUUGUGACCACGAGAGAUCGUACUCUGAUUAUACUAUUAUACCCAUUAUUAUUCUAUUGAGCGGUCGUGGUCAUCAUGAGGUAUCAGGGGCAGAUGCAACUCGCUUCACAAUGUUCCGCCAUCUUUCCCUGUUCACCGUCAUCCGGCUGCAUUCGUUCAGCGCACCGCCAACAGCAGCCUUAAUCUGA